AGCCGCCGCGCACGCGCACGCACGCGCAGACCCAGCGCCGAGCCCGCGCCAUGGCGGCCGAGCGCCUCCCUAGCCGGCCAGCCUGUCUGCUCGUGGCCAGCGGCGCCGCCGAAGGUGUGUCGGCCCAGUCCUUCCUCCACUGCUUCACGAUGGCCAGCACCGCCUUCAACCUGCAGGUGGCCACCCCUGGGGGGAAAGCCAUGGACUUUGUUGAUGUGACCGAGAGCAACGCACGCUGGGUGCAGGACUUCCGCCUCAAGGCCUAUGCCAGCCCCGCCAAGCUUGAAUCCAUUGACGGUGCCCGCUACCAUGCCCUCCUGAUCCCCAGCUGUCCUGGGGCCCUGACCGACCUGGCCAGCAGUGGCUCCCUGGCCCGUAUCCUGCAGCACUUCCGGUCAGAGAGAAAGCCCAUCUGUGCUGUCGGCCACGGUGUCGCUGCUCUGUGCUGUGCCACCAACGAGGACAGAUCCUGGGUGUUCCACGGCUACAGCCUGACAGGGCCCUCCGUGUGUGAGCUCGUCAGGGCCCCCGGCUUCGCCCGCCUACCGCUGGUGGUGGAGGACUUUGUGAAGGAUUCUGGCGCCAGCUUCAGUGCAAGCGAGCCUGACGCCGUGCACAUCGUGCUGGACCGCCACCUGGUCACAGGCCAGAAUGCCAACUCCACUGUCCCAGCCGUGCAGAACCUGCUCUUCCUCUGUGGCAGCCGGUGAGGGUACCAGGGUGGGUACAUUCCUGCCACAUCUGCAGAGCUGCACCAGGUGCGGGUGCCAAGCCUUGACCACACAUCUGUCCUGCAGGAAAUGAACCUGCUGGGUAGAUGCACCCCCUGAGACAGCCCACGUGUCUCCAGAGGCAGGCAGCCCGGUCUCGGGCCUCCGGGGACCCCGCCUCAUCCCUCCUGACAAGGAACAUGGAUGGCGGCCCCAGAUGGCCACCCGGUCUCGCCUUAAUGGGACUGUUGGAGGCCUCCUGGAAUCAGCUCUGAGCGGGUGUCAGUCUCCUGGAGGCCCCAACCCCCCAGCCCCCUGCAUGUUCUCCAGUAGGAGGCAGAGAAAAGACCCCAGAUGCCCAGAAGGCUGUGGUAGCUGCCAGGUGGUUCUCGGGAAUGCCAAGCCGGGUGUUCCAGGGAGGACUGGUUGCCAAGUACGGUCACUGCUGACAGAGUCAGCUCCGGGGUCCUCUGUGGGGGCUGGCCCUGUUGUGGCCGUGGGUGGGGGCCUUGAGGGGAGGGAGCCGGCGAGAGGUGGCCCAGAACUUCCUCUGGCCACAGGUGAAGGAAUUUUUUUGGGAGCAGCAGCCUCCUGCCCCGAGACUGACCGGAAAUGGCAGCACUUGCCUGUUGGAGAAAUUUUCCUGGCCCGUCUUUUAAAAUGUGAGCACUGUGGUGAAGCCCCGUCCUGUCUGAGCAUCGAGACUUCCUUAGCUGAGACCAUGACACCGCGCAGUUCUCACAGAGGAAAGUGCUGUUCCCGGUGGCCCUGCACAGAGCGGCCUUGGGUGCAGCUGCUGUCAAGAGCAGACAGUGUUCCGGCCUGCUGGGCACCUGGCCUGGGCCGUGUGCCUCCAGCGCGCUGCCCGCUGGCCCCAGCGCAGGGCCUCCAGGAGCGGCCUAGACCCUCUUACCCAGAGUUCUGCAGUUUGAGCCUUCCUCCAGCCCGCCUUCCCCUCAGCCACAGUCGCCCCCAAGCACCAGGGUGGCUCCUGGUGCCAGCGACCUGCCAGGAGGCCCCUUGUGAUUAUAAACCCAUUUAGUAGGGCGGGUGUGGUGAUGGGCGCCUGUCAUCCCAGCCACCUGGGAGGCUGAGACACGAGAAUUGCUUGAACCUGGGAGGCAGAGGUUGCCGUGAGCCGAGAUCAUGCCAUUGUACUCCAGCCUGGGCAACAAGAGCGAAACUAAUCUCAAAAAUAAAAAAUAAAACCGUUAAUAAGGAGAAUUCAGAGAAAAGUGGAAGGAGGCGCUGCAGCCACGUCCCUGCCCUGAGGCUGCGUUUCUCCAGCGCCUCCGGGAUUACUUGGGAUGCCCACGUGGCACUGGCCGCAGGGCUCUGUCCGGGGUCCGCCCUAACCCCCGUGUGGUGAUGGACAUCUCUCGACAAGUAUUUAUUUUUAUUUUUAAAAUUUUUUGAGAUGGAGUUUCCCUCUUGUUGCCCAGGUGGCGUGCAGUGGCGCAAUCUCGGCUCACCGCA